GUUGAUGACGCAGUCAAAAGUCGACCAACACGUUCCCUCCCACCGAGUAACUGCUUGACUUUAUAGUAUUAUUACCUAUAUUGUUUACUUGAAACACUUAUCCACUUGUGGAAAUUAAAGGUGGUUAUGGCUGCUCCGCUGAAAGUAUGUAUUGUUGGUUCAGGAAACUGGGGCUCUGCAAUUGCAAGAAUUAUUGGCACCAAUGCACAGAAACUCCAGCGCUUUGCCACCACAGUCAAGAUGUGGGUUUAUGAAGAAAUGGUCAACGAGAAAAAGCUCUCUGAGAUCAUCAACACAGAACACGAGAAUGUCAAGUACCUUCCAGGCUACAAACUCCCAGAGAAUGUGGUUGCGGUGCCGCAGCUUCAGGAAGCCGCAGAAGAUGCUGACCUCCUGGUUUUCGUUGUUCCUCAUCAGUUUAUCCGGAAACUGUGCGAUGAGAUGGUGGGCUGUGUUUCGGAUAAGGCUCGUGGAAUUACAUUAAUCAAAGGCAUUGAUGAAGGACCAGAAGGAUUGAAGCUCAUCUCUGAUAUCAUUCGGGAAAAAAUGGGCAUUGAUGUCAGUGUCCUAAUGGGGGCCAACAUUGCCAAUGAAGUGGCAGCUGAGAAGUUCUGUGAGAGCACCAUUGGCAGCAAGGUGUUGGAGAACGGCCUCUUGUUCAAAGAGCUCCUGCAGACGCCUAACUUCAGAAUCACUGUGGUGGAUGAUGCUGACACAGUAGAGCUCUGUGGAGCCCUCAAGAACAUUGUUGCAGUGGGUGCAGGCUUCUGUGAUGGUCUGCAGUGUGGAGACAACACUAAAGCAGCUGUCAUUCGUCUGGGAUUGAUGGAGAUGAUCGCUUUUGCCAAACUCUUCAGCAAAGACGGUUCUGUAUCCUCCGCCACAUUCCUCGAGAGCUGCGGCGUGGCUGACCUCAUCACCACCUGCUACGGAGGAAGAAACCGGCGCGUGGCAGAGGCUUUUGCCAGGACAGGGAAGAGCAUCGAGGAACUGGAGAAGGAGAUGUUAAAUGGACAAAAGCUUCAGGGACCAUUGACUUCUGCUGAGGUCUAUCAUAUCCUCAAACAGAAGGGCCUGGUGGAUAAGUUCCCCCUGUUCACGGCUGUUUAUCAGAUCUGUUUCGAGGACAAACCAGUUCAGGACAUGAUCACCUGCCUGCAGAGCCACCCCGAGCACCUGUAAGAGUACCACAGCGUCCCCCUUCUCCACCACCAUCCCCUGUGGUCUGUUAGGUGGUCCUACCUCCAACAUUUCUCAUUUUCUUCAAUUUUUUUUUUUUUUUACUUAAUAUACUAAUUCAAUGUUCUAUUUUAAAGUUCUCUUUUUGUCCCAGGUCCAUUUCUACUCUAAUGGUUAGGCUUGAACUCAGGGGUUUGUUUCCAACCUAGCAGGUUUGUCGUUAUUAUACAUGACAACGUACUCAAAGAGAUUUUUCAGAAAAGCCAUGCGUUGUUAUCUGUUCUGUUUGAGCCUUUUUUUCUCUCUGUCUGACUGCCCUCAUGUGGAUGGCCCACAAUAUCACCUCACUGACAGACGAGAUGAAAUGCCUCUUUUAAAUGACGAUCGAGAUCUCAUUAUAGAGGCUCACUACAUGUCCAUAUUGAGAGCAACACGACACGACUAGAACCGUUACAAUCUUUAAGAUUCUGUAGAACCAGCAUAAUACCAGUUUUUGACACUUUUAUACAUCGUUUAACACAAGGACAAAGCUGGGAUUAAACCACUUUUAUUAUUUCAGUUCUUAAUUGCUUAGUUUCAUACUGAUAAGUGUUAAAACUGCCAUUUACACUGAACUUUUUAAGGGCAUGGUAGAUGAAGUAAAACUAGAUUUCUGUGAAGAUGCCUUUUAACUCCUCACUGGUCAGGAACAGUGCUCACAGAUCAACGAAUACUUGAAUGGAAUUUUUUUUGUUUUGUUUUAAAGGACAAUAUAUUCUAUAAAGGGGGAUCGAAUCAGUCCCCUCAGUUUCCCAGCAACCCUCUUUUAAGACUAAGUGCUUUCAAAACAUAAAAACUUGUUAUAGAAUGACAUAGUUGUCUUUUUAUCAUGUUACAGUAAAAAUAAUAGUGUUGCAUAUUUAAGCUUCAAGAAUGCAUUGAAACCCCCAAUCAUUCAAGCCCUAAAUAGUAACCGUUUUAGCAUCCUGAUCAACUACCAUAUCUACAGUUCCUGUUGUAAUAACUCACAUUUCUAUGAAGAUUAGCGGUAAAAUACUAAUUAAAUCUUUAGUUGUACUAUGAAAAAAAAUGAAGGAAUGGUUUAGUAAGAUCUGUGGUUUUCUAAUGAGGGAGUGUAUUACGGGAGCAGUUAGUGUUUAAAUCCAUAAUGGCCUUCUUUUUAGCACUAUUCUGUGCUUGCAGAUCUGUUAGGUCAUACCUAACUCAAGACUAGCUCUUAGCAUGUAUCUGUUACAGUGUGUCCUAUUAUUCCGGUGUUGUUUUUAUUCUUUUCAGUUUUUAUGUAAGACUUUAAUUCAUCCAAGUAUUCAGCUGUGGAAAUGUUGCAGUGUACUGAGUCUAACACUCCAGUGGAUUAACUGUAUAUGUAUUCAUGUUGAUAUAUGAAACCGUCCUGGUUUUUUUUUCCUUUGAGAAUGUGACCGUUUUUGCAAGUUGUGUGUUCUAACAAAUCUCAACAAGGCUGAACGUUGAAACAAAUGCUGCUUUGGAAAGUAACCAAUAAAAUAAUCUCUGUGCUAAAUA